AUGAAAGAGCAAGGAAGCAGGGCAGAAGAAGUGAAGAAGAGAGUGGGCGUGGUUAUACAGUCAAUUAGAUCCACAAUGGGGACUAGCUUAGGGCCAAAGGGAAUGGACAAGAUGAUAACACAGGGAACCAACACAACAAUAACCAACGAUGGAAGCACAAUCCUUAAAAUGAUGAAAAUGAAGCAUCCAAUAGCACAGCUGAUAUGUAAUAUAUCCCACUCGCAGGACGAGCAGAGCGGAGAUGGAACAACAAGUGUGACUUUGCUUCUGUGCUCUUUGGUGGAGCAGGCUCUUGAGCUGGCAAGCAGGAAAGUGCAUCCUGUGGUGAUUGCAGAGUCCAUGGAGGUGGCUAAGAAUCUAUGCAAAGAUGUGCUCAUUAAGCACGCAACGCGAAUUGAAGGAAAUGUGAACGUGAAGGACUGCAUACGCAUUGCCCUUAAUUCUAAAAUAGUGAAUGCAUACAUUGACAAGAUAACAGAGGUGACAAUGAAGGUAAUAGAGUACAGCACAGACAAGCAGAAGCAGAACCUAAGGCUAAGUAAUGUAAGAAGGGUAAAGAUUAAGGGAAACAUGGAAGAUACUGAAAUGGUUGCGGGAAUAGUUCUUUCAGCGCCGCUGAAGAAAAGAACAAAGUUUGUGCCAAGAAAAAUGAAAGUAGCAAUUUUCCAGUGCACUAUUGGGCAGUCCAAGCCAUCAAUUGAUGCAAAAAUCACAAUUAACAACUAUGAGUCUAUGGAGCAGGUGAUACGAGAGGAGAAAGAACACGUUCUUUUUCUGUGCAAGCAAAUAAAAGAAAGCGGGAUUGAUCUUAUAAUACUGCAAAAGAGCAUUAUCAGAGAGUCUCUUUCAGAGCUCGGCCUGCACUUCUUGGAGAGAAUGGGAAUCAUGGUGGUUGAUGAUGUGGAGAGAAAAGAGAUUGAGCUCUGUGUAGAGCAGAUGGGGCUUACACCGGUUGUGGAUAUUAAUGAGAUAAAAAACACCAUGAUAGGAGAGUACCACGUGGAAGACCUUGAAGGGCACAUUAAGAUCUCUGCAGGCGCUGGAGUGUGUACUGUUGUUCUGCGAGGAACAGAUGAUGUUAUUCUGGAGGAAGUUGACAGAAGCUUUAAUGAUGCUAUCAAUGUGGGAAGACUCGCUGUGAAGAGGCCUCUAAUGACAUACGGAGGAGGUGUGCCAGAGCUUCUCUGCUACACUGAAAUGGUUAGAUACAACAAAUCUGCUAACCCGAAAAUCAACUACUGUAUAAAGGAGCUUGCCAAGGGACUUCUUGUUAUACCCGAAAUGCUUGCUAUAAACACGGGGGCAAAUGCAAUAACAACAGUAGAGAAUUUGGUGAAACUCCACAGCCAAGGAAAGCACACUUUUGGUGUUUCUAUAAAGGCAGUUGGGGAAGACGAUAUGAAAAAAGAGAAUGUGGUGCAGCCAGUGGAUGUAUCAAUCUCUGGCAUAUCUGGAGCAUUUGAUGGUGCUUCAACUAUCAUUCGAAUUGAUGACUUCAUACCCGCUUCUAAGUAAAAUAUAAGCCAGCGCAGCAGCGCAGUAAUAAAUUGAGUUUAAAG